AUGUUGGCGGCAGACAGCAUGAAACCUAAUAAACUUAAGCGACAUUUGGAACGCUUCAUAGUGAUUUCAUAUAAAAUAGCCAGAUGUAAAAGGCCUCACACCAUUGGUGAAGAGCUUAUUUUGCCAGCCGCAAUUGAGAUUGUAGAAAUUAGCUUUGGAGAUAAUUUUGCAAAACAAUUGCAGUCUAUACCUCUUUCAAAUGAUACUGUUGCCCGUCGAAUUGAUGAUACAGCUGAAGAUGUAGAGUGUCAGCUUUUGUCGAAGUUACGUGACAAAUUGUUUUCAAUACAACUCGAUGAGGCAACAGAUAGUAAUAAAAAUGCUCAUUUCAUUGCCUAUGUUAGAUUUUGUGAUGAUUUGUCAGUAGCAGAACAACAUGCAAAAGUUGUUUUUGUAACCAAUGAAAACCAUUUAGCAAUGCUAGCAAAGAAUUUUAAAAUGUACUUUCUUGAUGACGACGAACUGAUAUCAAGUUACAAGUGGGUGAGGGAUACAUUUCAAAAUACUUCCGAAGGACUCUCAAUUGAAGAGGAAGAAACCUUCAUAGACUUCACGGCAAGCGGCGAAACCAAAAGACAAUUUAGUAAUAAAUCACUCUUUGAAUUUUGGGCAGGAGUGAAUGAUGAGUUUUUUGCACUAAAAACAAAGGCAUUUCGCAUUCUACUACCAUUUUCAACAUCUUACCUUUGUGAAACUGGAUUUUCUGCGGUGGCUUCUUUGAAGAAAAAAUAUAGAUCUCGGCUAAAUAUCGAAAACGAACUGAGAGUGUCUAUUUCUAAUAUUAAACCCUCCUUCGAAAAACUUUGCUCUGCAAGACAGGCCCAAGAAAGUCACUAA